GAAGAAGAAUAAUUGCAAGUUUACACCAAAUAAGUUGCAACCCUGUCCGUGACCUGGAGAUAGAGUGAGAAAAAUUAUUUUUUGCAGAGUUUCCCAAGUGUAGUCAAAAGACAAAAAAUUGCCAAAAACCCCCUCACUCACUCUCUCUCUUCUUCUCACUCCUUUUCUCUCUCUUCUCUCUCUAGCAGCCUCCCUCAAAGUCCUCAACUCCAAGGUGUUCUGUAAAUUUUUGUGUCACUUUCACUUUCUAAUAAUAUGGGCAAUUCUAUUUUUUUUGCAAUCUUCAUUUUUAUUCCACUGCAACUUUCUACAGUUAUUGCAUUUACAGGAUGCCCCUUGAGCUUAAGUGGAACCAAUUUUACUCUGGUGGCUUCAAUUUGCUCAACAAAUGCCCGUGGAAAAUGUUGUCGUCACAUCAAUGCAUAUGUUGCACUUUCUAUUUCCCAUUAUGCAAAUGCAACAGGAAAUCUUGGGGUUAGUUCAGAUCUUUCUGAAGUCUGUCUCCAGUCAAUGUCACAAACCUUAGAGCUCUAUGGAGUGCCUGCAAAUGCUACAACUUUUUGCAGAUUUGGGACCAAAAUUCCUAUUAAUUAUGAGUGCAAGAGUAGAACCAGCGUUGCACAGAUGUUGCAGUCUCCAGGCUUUGCUGAUGUAACUGAAAGUUGUGAACUUGCACGUUCAGGAGAUCGUGGGUGCAAGAAGUGUAUAAACGCUAGCCUCACGUAUCUUCGUCAGAGAAUUGUAGUUCAAGAUAAUGUUACGUUGAUCACUUGUCGAGAUGCUACAUUUGUUGCUCUUGCCAGUCAAUCUGACAAUGCAUCUGCAGUUGGAUUUGCCAGUUGUUUCUUUGGGGUUCCAAGGCUUAGAGCCACAGUUUCUGAUGCAUCCUCACCUCCUCUGGCAUCUCCAAACCCAGAUCUGACUGCGAGCCCAAGUCAGUCAUUGGGCAUAUCGGGCAAUUCUCCUCAUGAGAAUCACCACUCUUAUCAACUUACAGCUAUAACAAGUGUUGGAAUUGGCGUCACAGUAAUUUCUUUCAUGCUACUUUUAGUCUUAGUAUUUCUGAUUCGCAGAAAGAGUAAAGAGCUUGAUGAUUCAGGGGGUAGCUUCAAGAAAUCUAAAGCUCCUUCUGGACGGAUGCCAGAUGGUAUGAUAGUAUUACCAACCAGACCUUCUUCCAUGUUUCGGGAAUUUGGCUACAAGGAUACAAGGAAGGCGACUAACAACUUUAGUACAAUCAUUGGACAAGGUGGAUUUGGAACAGUGUACAAAGCUGAAUUUAGUGAUGGAUUGAUAGCUGCAGUGAAGCAGAUGAACAAAGUUUCAGACCAAGCGGAGGAUGAAUUUUGUAGAGAAAUUGAGCUUCUUGCUAGAUUACAUCAUCGUCAUCUCGUAGCUCUUAGAGGUUUUUGCAUUCAAAAGCAAGAAAGGUUUCUCGUGUAUGAAUAUAUGCAAAACGGAAGCUUGAAGGAUCACCUUCACACUCCAGACAGAGCACCACUCUGCUGGCAGACAAGAAUCCAGAUUGCAAUUGAUGUGGCAAAUGCUCUGGAGUACCUUCAUUUCUAUUGUGACCCUCCUCUUUGCCAUAGAGACAUAAAGUCCAGCAACAUUUUAUUAGAUGAUAACUUUGUAGCUAAGGUUGCAGAUUUUGGUCUUGUGUAUGCUGCCAAAAAUGGUUCAAUCUGCUUUGAGCCAAUAAAUACUGAAGUUCGAGGAACUCCAGGUUACAUGGAUCCAGAGUAUGUUGUCACUCGGGAACUUACAGAGAAGAGUGAUGUUUACAGUUAUGGUGUGGUGUUGCUGGAGCUGGUGACUGGAAGAAGAGUUAUACAAGAUAACAGAAACCUGGUACAGUGGGCUCAAAGUUUCUUUACUUCAGAAACAAAACUUUCACAGCUUGUGGACCCCAAAAUUGGAGAGUUUUUCGACUAUGAUCAGCUUCAGACUGUUGUGUCAGUCAUAAAAUGGUGCACACAUUCAGAAGCUCGAGGUAGACCUUCUAUUAAGCAAGUUUUGAGGCUUCUUUACGAAAUUUCUGACCCAUUGCAUAGUGGUUUCAUCCACGAUAUGCAAGAAGAUUAUGAAGGGACCCAAGGGAAAAGACCAAGCAAAGGGAAGGCGCAAAGGGCUGAUAUAAUAUUUCAUAGUGGAGAAGGGAGAUAUCUUGCAUCUUCUUCCAGUACGAACAGGUCACACUGUAGUAGAAGCUUUCUACUUGAAAAUGGAUCUCCCCAGUCUCCUCCUAAUAAUCAAUCACUUUAAACCAAGGAAGGUAUUUGGUACAUGAUGAAAUUCCAAGUGUAGCAUUGUGAUGAACAGAGGAUGUGACUUCAGAGAACGACGUAACAUACUACAGGUGUGUGCGGUUUUGGACAUACGCCACGCUUGAGAUUCUUUGUAAAGAUUUCGCAGAAUUUUGUGAUUAUUUAUUUUGUUGAGGUGAAAGAGUUUUUGUUGCAGUAUAUUUGGUUUCCUACGAACCUUGUUCAGGGGAUAAUCAUGUUUCUCAGCUGUUAGAAUUUUUUUGGAAUUGUAUUUGUAUUGAAUCGACUUGAUUGUUCAAGUAUGUAUACUGGAUAUAAUUUUUUAGAUGCAAUAAGCGAUUCUCUUAAUUGGCUUGUAACUUGUAAGAGUUGUAAGUUUGUAAGUUGUAACAUAGUUUCCUCAUGAAAGUGUUGUUACAAUUA